GCUCGCGUUUCCCAGCCGGUGGGGUUAGGCCGCCGCACGCCGGAAGUGGCGGCUGGGGCGGGAGCGCUGAGGUGUCGGCGGGCGGGGCAGCAGCCAGGAGCCGGGGGUCGGGGCGUUGGUCAUGUUUCCCUUCGGGCCCGGUAGCCCCGGAGGGGACAGUGUGGCCGGAGCCGGGGCUGAGGAGCCAGCACCCCACGCGACACAGGCGGCAGCUGCCGGGCCGCUCCCUUCUUCGCCCCCGUCGCUACAGCAGGGGCCUGACGCAGCCCCUCCACCGUCGCCUUGCGGGAGCCCUCGCCGCCCCUGCGCCACUUCGCAGCCCCAGGCUGGGCGCGCGGGGGAGCUUCGGCCGCCUGGAGCCUUAAAGUCCUCAGCCGCUUCCGCCCAGGGAGAGCAGUCACCGCCCUCCCCGCUGCGCCGGCAACCCGGGCCUGACUGCAGGGCCGGGAGCCGGGGCCGGCACUGCCUCAGCGCCCGCCUGGGCGGCCCUGGCGCCCGGCUCUUCGGGUGGCUGAGAGAGCGCAGCCUGGGUCGCGGGCUGUUCGUGGAUCCGGCGCGAGAUAAUUUCCGCACCAUGACUAACCUCUAUGGUUCCAUCCAUCCCGCGGACUCGGUGUACCUCAGCACCCGCACCCAUGGGGCCGUCUUCAACCUCGAAUACUCGCCCGACGGGUCAGUGCUGACAGUUGCUUGUGAACAGACUGAAGUUCUGCUUUUUGAUCCUAUAUCUUCAAAGCACAUAAAAACACUUUCUGAAGCUCAUGAAGACUGUGUAAAUAAUAUAAGAUUUCUUGAUAACCGGCUGUUUGCUACCUGCUCUGAUGACACUACAAUAGCACUAUGGGAUCUGAGAAAACUGAACAGCAAAGUAUGCACUUUACAUGGUCACACUAGCUGGGUGAAGAACAUCGAAUAUGAUACUAAUACAAGACUCUUAGUAACGUCAGGAUUUGAUGGAAAUGUCAUUAUUUGGGACACCAACAGGUGUACAGAAGAUGGGUGUCCACAUAAGAAAUUCUUUCACACACGUUUUCUCAUGCGAAUGAGAUUAACACCAGAUUGUUCCAAAAUGCUGAUCUCAACGUCCUCUGGAUAUCUCUUGAUUUUGCAUGAUCUUGACUUAACCAAGUCUUUAGAAGUAGGCAGCUAUCCCAUUUUGAGAGCAAGAAGAACAACAUCAAGUUCAGAUCUUACCACAUUGUCGAGUUCAUCUGGUCCUAGAGUUUCUGGUUCACCUUCUCAUCAUAGUGAUUCUAAUCCAUCUUCUGAGAAACACAUGUCACGAGCCUCACAAAGAGAAGGAAUUUCACCACGAAACAGUCUUGAAGUCUUAACCCCUGAAGUUCCUGGUGAGAGAGACCGUGGAAAUUGCAUCACAUCGUUACAGCUGCACCCAAAAGGCUGGGCCACUCUUCUUCGGUGCUCAAGCAACACUGAUGAUCAGGAGUGGACUUGUGUCUAUGAAUUCCAAGAAGGAGCCCCCGUGCGACCAGUCUCACCUCGCUGUUCUCUACGACUGACUCAUUACAUUGAAGAAGCCAAUGUAGGCAGGGGUUAUAUCAAAGAACUUUGCUUCAGCCCUGAUGGGCGAAUGAUUUCUUCCCCACAUGGCUAUGGGAUUCGCUUGUUGGGAUUUGACAAACAGUGCAGUGAACUUAUUGACUGUUUGCCCAAAGAAGCCAGUCCCCUGCGGGUGAUCCGAUCUCUGUACUCUCAUAAUGAUGUGGUACUGACGACAAAGUUCUCUCCAACACAUUGUCAGAUCGCCUCCGGGUGCCUUAGUGGACGGGUUUCUUUGUAUCAGCCAAAGUUUUAGGCACAACUUACAUCAAAUAAGGAACUCUUCUGGUGUUUGAAUUAUAUAUUACUUCAAUUUAGGUGAAGUAUUUUCUUUUUAGAAGAUCUUAAAAGUUUCGGUCAAGAUCCUAGUUCUUAUGGGUCCAUGAACAUACCCAUGACCUGAGUACUUGGUCGUCCAGCAUCACAGGGGCAUCGCCAAGUUAGACUCCAGGCAGCACCAUCUUUUGCAGCAUUCCUAGGCUCCUGCUGACCUGUGCCACUGAACUCCAGUUCUGCUGGUUGUUUUGCAUGGUAGCUCUUGUCAAGUUUCUUUUAAUUCUUUUCUGUUUUUUGAUUUUGGUGUGAAUUUUGUGGACAUUUGGCAGGAGUUUUGGUUGGAUUAGGAGAAACUCGUGAUGCUAGUGUUGAAUAAAACUCAAAAGUUUGAUGUUGUUAUACUGGUUGUUGAAAAGAAAUUUCAUCUUAUCAGUAUACCUGGCCUUUUAAAGUUGCUGUUGUUUCUCUAUAAUGAGCACAGAUAAUGGCAUUAUUCUUACAACUGUUAUAGUUUUCAGCAAAAUGUCUUUUAAGUUUCCUGUUAAAAUUAUACAUAUUUUUCACUGUGAGAGGGAUUUUGUUGUGAAAUUCUAGAAAAAAAAUUACCACCUUUGUAGUUUAUUUGUAUGAAUUUUAAAAUCUGUAGCAUGUGUCCUUACUUGGUAUUUUGUUCCUGUCAACAGCAUUAGAAAGGAAAAGAGGAGUAGGAAUGGGCUUUGGUCAUUUCUAUUGUAUAGAAGACGAUUUAUUUAUUAGAUUAUACUCUCCAUCUGGCCACAGAGUGAUGAGAACAAUGUGGCUUAGAUUUUCUGUUUCCUCUGCCAGAUUAUUUGAAUCACAGAGGAUGACGGGUGGAGGGAAAAUCGAGAGUAAAGACAUUGUGUUUUUCUCAUCUUCCUUGAGCUCAGCUCUCUUACCAUUAAUGAAGGGAGAACUGUGACUGUCUUCAAGCUGUUGUCAUAACUGUGAUGGUCCGUGACUUGGGUGUCAUGACUAAGACAUUUUGUGUUUUGUUAUGGAACACAGCAAGUAAAAAGCAUCACGCAGGGGCCAGGCAUAAGGCUGACUACUCUGCUGAAGUAAGCUAAGCAGCUUUUUUCUAGUCUCCUCCACUUUGAAUGGGACUGUCCUUAGAAGAGAUUUGCCAGAGGCUGGAGUAAUUUGAGCCACAUGCUAGCUUUUUCCCUCUUAGAACACAUUCUCUUAGGCCAGUGGUUCUCAAACAUUAGGGUGCAUUAUACUGGGGAGCUUGUGAAAAAUAGAGAAACCUGGCCCUCACCUUAAGAGCUUCUGAUUCAGCCAGGGAGAGGACAGGAAUCUGUAUUUUUAACACGAACCCCAAGUAAUCUGUAUUCAGGUGGUUCCUGGAUCACAGCUUCAAAUAUUACUACCUUAAACAUCAGUAAAUAUUUCUGUACCCAUCAGGUGCUUAACACAACUCCCAGAAGGUGUUUUGAUUAUUAAAAAAAUAAGCAAAUAAAAGCAAUUUUAGAGGUAGAAAGUAACUUAAAAUGGACUCAAUCUCAUUAUUAGAUGAAUGAGAGAAGUUAAGUGACUUGCCUAAAGUCAUCCUGCAAAAUUAGUGGCAGAGCCAGGACUUGAAUUCAAGUCUCUUAAUUCCUUGCUCAGGGCAAUUUCUACUGUAUUAUGCUGGCUGUUGAAACAAUGACUUAUGAACACUUUUUUUGUCUUUAAGUUGUAUUAUUGUGAAUACCUUUAAACUGGCCAGUACAUUGAAAAAGGAAAGCAUGGGAGUAUCAAUGCUGAGAAUUCCAGCCAUAAGAAGAAAAGUGUUUUAAAUCUUAUAGAAAUGUUUAAGCAACCCAAAUACAUGAAUAAAAAUGACACUUUUUGUAGAACCUUCCAGACAGCCAUUCACCCAUGUACAGAGGUUAUAUCUCACUUGGAUAAUGUUGGCUCUAGGACAAAUUUUUAAAAUUAGAUCUUUCUUACCAUGGAUGUUAAAAAAAAUUGGAAAUUGUUUAGUCAUCAAAAAAAGUACCCACAGUGAAAACACAGGUUUGCCAUAAACUUUCUUAAAAACACAUAUUUAAAAGAAAAUAAAGAGACAGAAACACCUAAUGUUGACAUUAAAAAUAAGCUACUAAGUACAAUGGUUGUAUUGAUAAUCAAAAGAAGUUUCCAUAUAUUGCAUCUCCUUGGGAGAGCGCUCCAUGUCAGAUGCUGGGCCCAAAUGUUGCCCAACUCUAAUAAAUUUCAAUCCAUGAUUCUAGAAUAUCUAUCGUGUCAAAUAAUGUACAUACUUUACUACUAACUCUCACAAAAACUGCAAGGUAGGUGGCAUUAGCACCAAUGUACUUUGGGGGAAAUGGAGGGUCAGAAAGGUUGAUUUGCCAUAAGUCACAGAGCUGGCAUGGGGUGGCAGCACUGAGAUUCAAACUCAGUGUUUGCUUUAGUUCCAAGCCUGUGCUUACUCUACCAUUUUGCCCUU